GCGAGGUGGCUGCAUGUGGUGGCACGGACCCAGCGCCCGGGCUGGGAGGAGAGGAGCAGAGAGCAGGCUCUGCUCGUCGCUCGCUCCCUUCUCCGGCUCCCCUGCCCCAGGCAUCCCUCCUGCUCGCGGCAGCCAGCCGCACGCUGCCCUCUCCAAGCCCCCCCUUGAACCCUCUCCCUGCCGCUACCUGCAGCAUGGACUCGGACUCCGGGGAGCUCAGCGAAGGCGAGCUGCUCUCACCUGCAGGUCCCGAUUGUUUCAGUUCCAAGAACCUUGCACUGCAAGCCCAGAAAAAGAUCCUGAGUAAAAUGGCAACCAAAACUAUGGCUAACAUGCUAAUUGAUGACACAAGCAGUGAAAUCUUUGACGAGCUAUACAAAGUAACAAAGGAACACACAAGAAACAAAAAAGAAGCUCAUAAAAUUAUGAAGGACUUGAUUAAAGUGGCAAUAAAAAUUGGGAUUCUCUAUCGAAAUAAUCAGUUCAACCAAGAAGAGUUGGAAAUUGUAGACAAAUUCAGGAAGAAGCUGAACCAAACUGCCAUGACAAUUGUCAGUUUCUAUGAGGUGGAAUACACUUUUGACAGAAAUGUUCUUGCAGAACUUCUGAAUGAAUGCAAAGACCUCGUGCAUGAACUAGUAGAUCGACACCUGACACCAAGAUCCCAUGGGCGUAUCAACCACGUCUUCAAUCAUUUUGCAGAUGUGGAAUUUCUAACUGCCCUGUACAGCCUUGAUGGAGAUUGUCGCCCAUACCUCAAAAAGAUUUGUGAUGGUAUCAACAAACUACUUGAUGAGAAAGUCCUUUGAAACAUCAUUUAAAGAGAAGCCAACCAAAAACUUCUACGUAGAACUGGCCUCCCUUCAUGAGCUGUGGUGAGCAUGUGAGCUUCCUUCUGAUCAUUCCCUUACUACUGUCUCCAGCAGGAUCCAGAACAUGCUCACUUGGCUCAUGAUGAGGUGGAAAACUUAAAUCAGAAAGCUAUCAAUUUUAAUGUUUUGUUCACAGACAAUUCAGUUUUUGCAAGGAGUGGAGUGAACAAGGCUGCUGGUAAACAUUUUUCAGAAACAUGCUACUCAUCAUAAUCUUACUAGCUUCAUGUUGGAAGUUUAGUAUGUGAAAAGAAACUAAACUCAAAUGCAUGGCUGUGUGCAAAUAGAUGGGAAAAGGCAAGAAAGCAAUGCAUAGAAUUUACGCUGCCCCUGGUGUGUAUGUUUUUAUUAUUUCCACGCUGACUGAAAAGGCUGAAGACAAAGUAGAGCUGUAAGAAUGCACCUCUGAUUUUAUAUGUGAUUUUACAUGUGAUUUAAGUCUAAGAUAACAAAUAGAUAACAGAUAAUAAAUAAUGCAAAUUGAGUGAGAAAGUUUAAAAGUUGCCCUAAGAAGCAAUAUUCCUAUUUGAGAUUUUUAUUUUAUUUUUUCUAGUUAGAGAGAAAAGCUUCCAUAUUUUGAAAAGCAGCUUAGUGGUUUAAGCUCAAAGGUAACCAGGAAACUAGAUAAGGUAGAACAACAUCGAUUCCCCCACUCUAGGGUUUUGUGUAUUUGGUAAUAUCAAAUUAGUUUAGGCUGAAGGUUAUCGUAUUCUUUAUACUUCUUCUGUUUUGCCUGCCAGACAAGAUAUCCGUGGUGAAGAUUCUGAAACUGCACUUUUGAAACUACUAAGAAACCAGUGGUUCUACAAAGCAACAUUUACAUCUCAUGUCACAAAAGAUAAUACUCAGCCUAGGGAAAACUCUUGGUUUAAUGUGUCUAUUAUAGUUAAUUCGUGCUUGCAGUAAAGUAGAAAUUAAGACAGAAAGAGAGACUGCCUAAAAUAUCACAUGGGUUUCUGUAGCAUAACACCUGAGGGAAGAUUCCUGUUAAAAUAAUCUGCACUUGCAAAACACAAGACCCCAUGAUGCUGUAUUUAACAGCAGCUAAUUUCAGCUCUAUUCCUAACCCGUACAUAGUCUCUGAAAAAUCGUAACUUUCCUAUGGUUCAGUAUCACAGUUCAAGUCCUCCAGUUUGCAAAAUAUUCUGAAAUUAUCAGUACACAUCAAGUAAGACCACAGCUCCUUGAUAACAAACUGAAAACUGAGAAUAUGCCAGUAACUAAGGCAAUGCUUACAGAGGUCUGAACUGAACUUUGGGAUGCUUUUGGCAUUUGGGGAGAAAGGUUAGUAUGUUGGUGAGCAUCUGAAGACAACUGUAUUGUGGUAAGAAUUUUUAAGAGUCAUUUUGCAAGUCACACUCAUUCCACACACAAAUCUGUGCUUAAAAGUACUAGAGAAAAAUGUUUUAUAGCAUGACCUCUGGGGUGCAAAAUUUCCACUGAAGUAUGACAUUAAGUAUCCUUUUAAGAGAACUCCCCUAAAAUAGCCAAGUUAGAGACAGAACUAGAAUAGCCUUCAGCUAGAGCUAGCUGGAAUGUUUUCAGUGACUUAAAACAAACACACACACAUACACACACUGGUGUGUUGAAACUGAAAAUAUUUUGUAAAGACAUACUAGUUUCUGUAAAGUUUUGCUAGAAUUAAGGGGGAAAAAAUGGAGAACAAGAGCAGAGCAGAUACUACAGCUUGUGGGUUUCAAAAUCUUGCAGCUGGAUCAAACAUGCUGGCUAAGCCAAAGUAAAGAAAGUAUAUUCAGAAAUCCCUCCCUUCCUUGCUCUCUAGUCUUAUCCUCCAGGCUUACCUCAAUCUACUGACACUUCAGUGUCACGUAGCAUCCCCUUUUAGAUGACACACAGAUAACAAUCUUGAAGGCAGGAGAUAACAUUUGCCAUAUCAAAUACAUUACAGAGAUGCAUACUUUUAAAAUGACAAAGAACAGAAAAUGUAUUUGAAAGCCGUUUCUGUCUAAGAAAAACUUCCAGAGUUGAUCACCCAUUACCUCAGGAUAACAGAAAGCUAUAUAUUCCCAUUUAAACUCUGUUAAGUACUAUAGUAGUAGAGAAAGCUUUCAAAAUCGUGAUCUUAUUUGUCUAUCUUUCCUCACCUAGAAUAACUACAGUGCAUCUCUUGAAACAGUCCAAAUUUUAACUAUUGCACUUGCUUUUAUAUAAUAGGGAAUACACAUAUCCAGAUCACAUUCACUGGGGUUGAGCUAGAAGCUAGCUAGCAUCUGUUCCAGGAGAAUGCAUUUUGCAGCACAAAAGACAGCAAAAAUGGCAGCAUCAGACAUCACCAGAGCAGUUUGCAAUUUUCCCAUCUAUUUCCCAUAAAACUGUAAAACAUACAUUUAGUAGCAUUGAAUGUAGACUAUCCCUUUGCAGCACAGCACAGUAAUGAUACACAUACACUUGGGGUUAGAAAUCUGUUAAGAUUUGCCUUUCAAGGUUGCAAGUUUAGACAUUUGCCAGAGCCAUAUUUACAUGCGCAACUAACUGCAUUCUUCCCCAGAGCAUGUACUUGUCAGUUGACACUUUUGAACAGUAUUUAUUGUAUUCAACACACCUGUCGCAAUGCACACAUCAGACUUUGCGUGUUUGUUUCACUUGUGGCAAACAAAUAUAUACAUUCUUUUUUUAAAGUCAGAAAAAAGACAUGAAUCAACAUUCAAGAUAUCCAAAAGGAAAGGGAUAUCCAGUGUAUGUAAUUUUCUUUUUGUGUGUUGCAGCUAUCAGUAUGCAGAUUCUGGUAUUUUAGACAAACAGCCAAACAUCUGUCAUUUUAUUUAUAAAUCUGAGUAGCCUUAAGAAAGGAAAGUGUUUUGAAGUAUUCUCAGAUUUGCAUAUCCUGUAUAAUCAUUGUUUACUUUCGUACUUGUGGCUUGGUAUGUAGUAACAUUGCUAAAAUAUUGGCAAUGUUCAGGUCACUCGAAGUAUAUGAUGCAUUAUCAUAUUUGUGGAUUAAAAAUGUGUGAUUAGUG